UUUCGCUUUGUAGAACAGUACAAACCACGUCAAAGACAUACCAGCAUAACACCAGCGACCCCUCCGACCGCUCCAAAACCCCCACCACCUUCACAAUGGCUUACACCAACGGAUUCGAACAGUCAAUACCUCACCAGCAGGAGAAGAACCUGCCCGGCGGCGGCAAUUGGGUCGUGCAAAAGUUUGGCGGUACCAGCGUCGGCAAGUUUGCCGUCGACAUUGCCCAGGACAUUGUCAUUGCCAGCCUCAAGGAACACCGUACCGCCAUUGUCUGCUCGGCACGUAGCACCUACACCAAGAGCGAGGGCACCACCAACCGUCUUCUGCGCGCUGCCCGCGAGGCUGAACGCAUUGGCUCGCGCAAAUAUGUCGACAUUGUCGAUGUGAUUCGCGCAGACCACAUCGUGGUUGCAAAGGAUACCAUCUCUUCUGCCGAGAUCCUGGACAAGUACUCGGAGUGUGUCAAUGCCGAAUGCGACAAUUUGAUCAAGAUCCUCGAGUCCGCCCAGCACUUGACCGAGGUCAGCAAGCGUACCGAAGACAAAAUUGUCGCCAAGGGAGAGAAGCUGUCUUGUCUCUACAUGACAGCCGUUCUGCAGGACCGCGGAUGCAACGCCCAAUAUGUGGAUCUCAGCAAUGUCAUUGACUUCCCAGUCGAGCGCAUUGACGACAGCUUCUACCGCAACCUGGCCAGCUCGCUCGCAAAGGCCGUACAGGCCUGUGGAGAUGCGGUCCCCGUCAUCACUGGCUACUUUGGCGACGUCCCUGGCGGUCUCCUGACCCAGAUUGGACGCGGAUACACCGACCUUUGCGCCGCUUUGGUUGCUGUCGGAAUUGGCGCUUCGGAGCUGCAGAUUUGGAAGGAGGUUGAUGGCAUCUUCACUGCAGACCCUCGUAAAGUGCCCACCGCUCGUCUCUUGCCAUCGGUCACUCCUUCCGAGGCUGCCGAAUUGACUUUCUAUGGAUCUGAAGUUAUUCACCCCUUCACCAUGGAUCAGGUCAUCAAGGCCAGCAUCCCCAUUCGCAUCAAGAACGUCAAGAACCCUCGCAACCAGGGCACUAUCAUCUGGCCCGAUCAAGCCGAUGACUUGGAGGAAAAGAAGCCUUCUCUCUUCCGUAACCGUAGCCUGGUCAGCCUCAGCACCCACGAUGGACCCAAGCGUCCCACCGCUGUCACCAUCAAGCGCGGUAUUACCGUGCUCAACGUACACUCUAAGAAGCGUACUCGUGCCCACGGCUUCCUCAUGUCGAUCUUUUCUGUUCUCGACAAGUGGCAUCUGUCUGUCGACCUCAUCUCCUCGUCUGAAGUGCACGUCUCCAUGGCUCUGCACUCCGAGGUUGCCCUCUUGUCUGGCGCUGGACCCGAUUCCGAAGAGAUUCAGAUCGAGUCCGCCGCUCUCAAGGGUGCGGUUGACGACCUGAGUGUAUGGGGUGAUAUUGAUCUUGUCCCUGGCUUGGCCGUCAUUAGCCUUGUUGGCCGCCAGCUGCGCAGCAUGGUCGGCAUCAGUGGCCGCUUCUUCAGUGUCCUUGGGGAAAAUGGCAUCAACAUUGAGAUGAUCUCGCAGGGUGCCAGCGAGAUCAACAUUUCUUGCGUCAUCGAAGAGUCUGAAGCCAACAGAGCUUUGAAUGUGGUCCACACCAACCUUUUCACCUUCCUGGAUUGAUUUAGCGUUUAGCAUAGCGUUGCACUGUUGCAUACCAACAAGUGGAUGAGGUGAAUGAGCGUAAAAAGUUCUAAGCAUAUUAUACCAUUGCCGUCUUUUUGAGAUAGCACCAUUUUCUCUUGUGUACACUAUGUAGACGAGUACAUAUCGAGGUCCGUGCCUUUGCCUGCUUAUCAUCACGAACCUUUUCAUAUCUUUGUUUCGUUACGGGCCUGAGACGAGCACCGCGGCCACCUUAGUGAGAUG